AUGUCUGUCAAGACUCCGCCCAUCAAGGACCUCCUCGAGGUCACGGAGGACAAGGAGAAUCGCCUUACUUUUAUGAAGAACGUCUCCAUUCCCCUGAAGGAUUCACCACUUCCCAUCAGAGCCAAUGUCUACCUCCCGCUCACGUCGGAAAAGACCGGUCGCUAUCCGGUGCUGGUAACCUACGGCCCCUAUGGCAAGGACAUUCCGUACGCCAAGUUCUACCCUAAGUCGUUCAGUGAAGUGAACCCCGAGCAGAAGUCAAAGUACUCAGCCUGGGAGACGCCGGACCCUGUCUACUGGACCAGCCAGGGCUAUGCCAUCAUUAGAGCCGACGAGCGCGGCCUGGGCCAGAGCCCUGGUUUUCUAGAUACCAUGAGCCGCGGCACGAGCGAGUGUUUCUUCGAUGUUGUCGAAUGGGCCGCUGAGCAGCCUUGGUCUAAUGGAAAAGUUGGCCUACUAGGUAUAUCCUACUAUGCUGGCUCUCAGUGGCGAGUUGCGGCUCGCCGCCCCAAAGGUCUCGCAGCCAUCAUCCCGUGGGAGGGUAUGUCUGACUACUACCGUGACCGUUGUCGGCACGGUGGCAUUUACUCCAAUAAGUUCAUCGGCGUGUGGUGGAAUCGACAGGUCCUUGUGAACCAGUAUGGCCGCAAAGACAGGUCGAAACUGGACUUUCCUCCAGAUGGGCCCGGAGCCAGGGGUCAGGAGGACACCAUCGAGGGUGAUCUGCCUGACGACGUCCUGAUCGCCAACCGUCAGGAUCAAACCAAGGAUAACGAAGCCAAUCGUUUCCGCGACGACGACUAUUACGCCAGCAAGGAGUAUAAGCUGGAAGACAUUGAAGUUCCCGUGUUGAGCGUUGCCAACUGGGGUGGUAUUCUCCUUCAUUUGAGAGGCAACGUCCAGGGAUAUCUCGCGGCCGGCUCCAAGCUGAAGUACCUCCGCUUCAUCACCGGGCGGCAUGAUUUACCCUUCUACUACCCCGAGGAGGUUGAACUCCAGAAAAGCUUCCUCGACGCUUUUCUGAAGGGUGAUGAUCGCGUGGGCUGGAGUGUUCCUGGUAAGGUGUCUCCUGUAACGCUCACACUGCGCAAGGGCAACGUCGGUUUCAACGAUGCGCAGAGGGAGAAGGCUUACGAGAAAAGAGAGGAGAGUGCCUGGCCCAUUCCACGUACGGAGUACACAAAGUUUUUCCUGACCUCGGACCUGGGAUUGACAGCAGCUGGUCCCAGUUCGGAGUCAAAGACUGUGUCGUAUAAGGCUCUUGGGUCCUUGGAAAACCAGCAAUUCGUCUCCUUUGCCACUGCGCCCUUUGAGCAGGAAACCGAAAUCACAGGUCACGUCGUGGCCCACCUCAACGUCUCUGUAACGCCCGACAAUACCGGACACGACACCGAUAUUGACCUAUUCGUCACUCUGCGCCACAUCGACCCGACAGGCCAGGAAGUGUUCUACACAGGAACAGCCGGAGACCCUGUGCCACUUGUGAAGGGCUGGCUUCGUGUGAGCAACCGUAAAGUGCAUGUCGAGAACCCUAGACACAAGUCUUGGCUGCCUCACAGAGAGUAUCUUUCAACAGACGUCCAGCCUGUCAAGACCGGCGAGAUUUACGCGGUAGAUGUCGAGCUCUGGCCUACGAACGUAGUUGUCGACAAGGGCGGCAAAAUCGUAUUUGAAGUUGCGAGUGGCGACACACAAGGCAGUGGCAUUUUCCAGCACUCCUCCGAUGUCGAUAGGUGA